CGGCCCUCUCCAGGUCUCUAGUAGCUUCCGCGGCGCUGACGCAUGCUUGCGCACGCACCCCAGCCUGGCGCGUUGUACGCAGCCACCGCGAGCCGGGCUGCGGGUGCCAGGCGGUUCCCCGGCGCGGGGCAGGGGCGGGACUCCCGGGAGAGGAGCAGCCCGGAGGAGGGCCGCCUGACGGCUGAGUUGCCAUGGCAUCCUACUACGAGAUUCUAGACGUACCGCCGAGUGCGUCUGCUGAUGACAUCAAGAAGGCGUACCGAAAGAAGGCUCUGCAGUGGCACCCCGACAAGAACCCGGAUAAUAAGGAGUUUGCUGAGAAAAAAUUUAAGGAGGUGGCAGAGGCCUAUGAAGUUCUUUCUGACAAGCACAAACGGGAGAUCUAUGACCGCUAUGGCCGGGAAGGGCUGACGGGGGCAGGAACUGUUCCCUCACAACCAGAAACUGGUGGUAUGGGACCUGGCUUCACUUUCACCUUCCGUAGCCCCGAGGAAGUCUUCCGGGAGUUCUUUGGGAAUGGAGACCCUUUCUCGGAGCUCUUUGAUGACUUGGGCCCCUUCUCGGAGCUUCAGAACCGGGGUGCCCGACACACUGGCCCUUUCUUCACCUUCUCUUCCUCCUCUCCUGGCCAAUCUGAUUUCUCGUCGUCUUUCUCCUUCAGUCCUGGGGCUGGUGCUUUUCGCUCUAUCUCUACAUCCACCACCUUUGUGCAAGGACACCGCAUCACCACACGCAGAAUCAUGGAGAACGGGCAGGAGCGGGUCGAGGUGGAGGAGGACGGCCAGCUGAAGUCAGUCUCCAUCAAUGGUGUCCCAGAUGACCUGGCGCUAGGCUUGGAGCUGAGCCGCCGGGAGCAGCAACCUUCAGUCACCCCCAGGUUGGGGGGCACGCAGGUCCAGUCAACCUCGGUCUCCCGUCCCACCGAUAGCGACCUUUCUGAGGACGAGGACCUGCAGCUUGCCAUGGCCUACAGCCUGUCAGAGAUGGAAGCGGCUGGGCAGAAGCCAGCAGCCUGCCCUGGCCAUAGGACUAGGCAGAGAUGUGUUCUGAGCUGGAUAUCCUGGAUACAGAGUUGCUGCAGUUCCAACAGGACAGCGCCCUCCCCAAUGUGCUAGGAGGGAACACUCCAUCCCUCUCCCUCACUUAAUGCUGAGUGUAGGGCUGGGGCCUGGGUGGUGGGUGGGGGACUGAGUGGGAGGCACCCAUAGUCUUAGCCUCUGAACUCUCUCCCCUGGGUGCUUAGCACUGUCUCUUGUGGAUUACAAGUCCCAGAGUGCAAUGCACCAUGGCCUCAUUUCUGAUAGCUCUAAUCCCAGGGGAAGUGGUGCUUGUUUAUAAAGCUGGGCUUCUUGGGAUAUGUAGUUCCAACCUAGCCAGUCUGUCGCUCUUCUCUGACUGGGGAGAGCUUGUCUUUCAUCUUGUCCCUGGCAGAGGUGGUGAGAAUUGUGGAUGAAGGAGAGAGAAAGGACCAGAAAGACCACUAAAGACCUUAGUUCCUCUGACACUUGUUGCUAGACCCAGGCUGGAGUGAGCACACCAGAGUCCUGUAGCAUCUGAGAGGUGGUUUCCCUUGGGCAGCUUGGGGUCUAAGGACUAAGCUAGUAGGGCAGUGGACUGAGUAGGGAUAGCAUGGUCCUGGAAGGCUGAUGGCUGUGGGCUGGCAGAAUGUGGGAGAGAAGGCUGCCUUGGCCGGAGUGUGUAUGGCGAAGAUUGGCAUGCAGAGGGAGUGUUGGACAUACUGCUUGAAUGGCUUUCUUUGGCCUCUGACCUUGCUGCCCAUUCUUUCUUACCAUCAUUCAUCCUCCAUGAGCCACCUGCCCCCCUCCUCCUGCCUGGGGAGUCCAAGCCAGUGAGGGGAUUGGUGGAACGGGCUGUGGCCCGCUUCUGUAAUGCUGAGCCUCUGAGACCCGUCAAAGCCAGACGAACUGAGCUCAGGCUCAGGGAAAAAUGGAAGUCAAUAAAGCUGAGUUUUGAGA